AUGACGAAACUCAUCCUAUCUACCGGGAACAUCGUCUCGGGAGGUCCCUCCAUAAUCCGCAAGCCGGGCGCCUUUCGAUCGAAUCUCGAACUCACAAACUCGCUACGCAGCAACUUCCUCGCCGCGCAGGAGUAUUACGCCGCCGAGGCCGAAGCGGCGGCGCACAACGGCAACGGGAACGGUAACGGGAUCGCCAACGGCAACGGCAAUGGCAAUGGGAACGGCAUCAACGGGGGCAGGCGUAGGGUGCCCGCCUCGAUAUGGACGACCAGGGAGAAGAUGUCGCUAAAGAGGAAGGCCGGCGAUGGCGACGCUGCGAGGGAGGCGCAGCAAGAACAAGACGAGCAGGAGGAGGUUCUGUAUGUGCCGCGCAUAGACUGGUUCGCGGCAGGGCUUCAGGAGGAGGCUUCACAGUACGACAUCACGGCCAAGUUGUUCUUUCUGCCGACGGCCCCUACCGCGUCGCGUCGUCGGUACGCGCGCGAAGCAUUGUCGCUCGUGCUGCGGGAACUCGGUGUUCGGGCAGUUGACCUGCUUAUAGUGUCGUUCCCUGGCAUGUCCUUUGAGGAGGACUGCGAAUGGGAGGCCGACAAGAAGAAUGGAGAGCAAGGUGACGAUGAGGAGGAGGCAGCGACGUGGCGGAUCGUCGAGGAUCUCCAUAAGGAGGGCCUUGUCCAGCGACUCGGUCUUUCCGAGUUUGGCAGCGAGAAGCUGGCAAGGUUCUUGGCUAGGAAGCCCACAAUCCGUCCUGCAGUAGACCAGAUAAACGUCAAGAACUGCUGUAGCGUGCCGCCGCCGCUGGCGAAGCUGGCCAAGGAGCAGAAGAUCGAGCUGUUGGUGCAUAGCGACUGCACGGAUAUCCUACCGCAAGGCACGCUACGCGAACUGCUUGGGCCGGGGAUCCGCGGAGCUGGGAUACUUGCUUCAGAGUCUGGCGGCGAUGAUGAGGAAUAUGAAGGUGGUCUCCUUAGGGGCGAGAUCACUCCCGAGUGGGUCAUCAAAUACACCGCAGUGGUCAGGGACCGCGGCGUCAUUGAAAACAAAGGCUAUUUUGCUGGGGCGGAGCUUCGCGAGACAUGA